UUCAGUGUUUGUGUGGAGUGAUUGUUAGCAGACAGAACAGUGAGGGAGGCUUUCAGUCGUCUGUUAAGUUAACAAAGUACAGUCCUCUCCUUAUGUAGCUCUUAUUGUAUGAAUGAGUUAGUGUCACAGAGAGAACGUCAGCUGGACGAGACUCAACUAUUGUUUAUGCGUUUGUGAGUGAGGGAGUGGGACGGGACGGAUAUAAAGGGAGGAGAGAUAGCGAAGCGAAGAGGUGCUUCUAUUUGUUUUCAUUUUUCUGUAACGAUCGAGGAGCAACGGAGACACAGAUCGGCUGUCAGUCUCAGUGCACACACUGCAGAGAGGAGGACUCCUGUGGACGCACACGCACGUGUUCGCACCUGUUGAGCGUAUCUGUUCACGUCCUGCAGUCAUGUCCAUCUCCACGGCUGUGUGAGAGACUGCUCGUGUCUAUCAGGGGUCUUCCUAUCUUACAGGAGAGAGAUGUCAUCGCUCUAUUCACGCAGCAAGGACCUUUCCUCUCGCUCCAGAAAAUCCCUGUCGGACUCGCCGCCCUCCUCCCCGUCCCCCAGCACCAAAACAUUCAGACAAGACCGGGUGUCAAGCAGGUCAGACCCUAGUGGUGUGGAGUCUCCAUCAGACAGACUGUCAGCCCGGACCAGCACAUACACACGCAGAGAGAACAGACUCGCCUCUCUGAGCAAAACAGAGGACGACUUGGCCAGCAAGGACUAUAAGAAGCUGUAUGAGGACGCACUGACUGAGAAUGAGAAGCUGAAGUCUCGACUGCAGGACAGCAAACAGGAGCUCACAAAAAUCCGCUCACAGCUUGACAGAGUCACACAGAAGCAGGACAGAAUAUCAGAGAGGUCCUCUGUAUUUGAAUCAGAGAAAAGGGAAAAAGAAGCUUUGGAGAAGAGGGUUUCAGACAUGGAAGAAGAAUUAAAGACCUUUCCCGCUCUGGCUCGACUACAGGCUCUCCGCAGGGGGAACGCGCGCCUCCUACAGGAGAAUAAAGCCAUGCUGCGCUCCCUCGCUCACCUCACUCAGACGGCCUCUCUCCCUGAGACGGACGAUCUCUAGUCCUCCUCCCUAUCCCUCUCUGUCCCUUCCUCCUUCCUGUUCUCCGUUGCACCCUGUAGUCCUCCUCCUCUGUCCCGCUGCUGCUCACCUCUCAGGUUUUGACAGAACUCAAGUCUGAUAACCAGCGGCUAAAAGAUGAGAAUGGAGCCUUAAUCAGAGUCAUCAGCAAACUUUCCAAGUGAGGACGGCCGGUUAAAGAAGAGGAGAAAUACUGAACAGAAAGAGACUAAAUCUGAGAAUUUCACACUGACUUCACAUUGAUCUGCUCUUGGUGCAGCAGCUAAAGGGUUAAAGAGUUUGGCUAACCAAAAGUUUAACAUUUUGUCAUAAUUUACUUAUGUUGUUACAAACUGUUAUCACUUUCUUUCUUCUCUGGAACACAAAAGAAUUGGUCAUACAAUUCAUACAGUGAAAGUCAGUCAUCACCAAAACUGUUGG